UCACGCUGUGGAUCUCGUGAUAGCAGGGACGCGCUCGAGGCUGUGACAGUCCAAGAGAGCGCGGGGGGCCAAGGGAAAUUACUUUUUGAACUCGAAUUAUCGCCGUUUCAAAAAUGAAAGUGGUGCGCAAUUGUCUGCGUGCCGUGCGUAAAAGCCAGCGAACAACUUUGGAUUAGGCACUGGACGGUACUCAAAUUCUAUAUUUUGUAAAGCAAUUUGUCAGAGAGUCUAUGUAGGUCUGGACAAGUGUCAGAAGUAGAAGUCGUUUUUGGACAAAUGCUUUUGGAAGGCAUUCCUAUGCUUCGAUCUUAAUUGCGCCAUGGCUUACUCUCAGCUGGGAUACUCCUACUCCACUCCACCACAGUUUCUGAUGACCACGACCCCCCUCGCUGGCUGUCUGGAGCCGGCAUCCCCUCCAUCCCACCCGGCGCUGCGCUCCUCGGCUGGCAGCGGCAUCGCUGUUUGCAGCCCGUACCCAAAGCGCCAAGCUUACUAUAACACCUGCACCGGUGACGCCACACCUCUCUAUUCCAGAGGACCAUUACAACCUAAAGGUGUAGCUGCAUCUGCGCACAUGGGGACAUCUCAGACGCCUGGCUACUAUCCUUAUGAAUAUACAUUUGGCCAUUAUUCUUAUGACAGAUAUGGUUAUUCCCCCUCGGAAGGAGCUUCACGGCGUAAGAACGCUACCCGAGAAACGACCGGCACCCUGAAGGCAUGGCUGCAGGAGCACCAGAAGAACCCUUACCCCACUAAAGGAGAGAAGAUCAUGCUGGCUAUCAUCACCAGGAUGACCCUCACACAAGUGUCUACAUGGUUUGCCAAUGCCCGCAGGAGGCUGAAGAAGGAGAACAAGGUGACGUGGUCGCCGCGAGCUUGUAAAAGCUCGGAUGACAGAGUUCGUGAUGACGACAGCGACGAAGCAGAAAAGUCACUUAAAGGCGACAAAGACCAUCCAGACCAACAGUCUGCCGAACUUCAGAGCGAUCUCGAAGACUUCGACCUCCUUGAGUCCGACGCUUCCGACUGUGAACCAAAGCCACAGUUUAUACCGGAGGACAAUGCAGUCAAUUCCAACAUUCCACACGAUCACCUCGCGUACAACCCAGAGUCGCUGCACAGCUCGGAGCGAUUGUCUUCGGACUUCCCUAAAGUCGCACCGGUUCAAGACCAGAGCACAACCUUCUAUUCAAUGCCAGAUGUGCACGAGACAGACACCAAACCCAAAAUCUGGUCAAUUGCUCACACUGCUGUCUCUCUGGAUCCCAGCUUGGAGCCAGAGUAUCCACCUUGUAUGCUGUUGACCAGUUCAUCCUCUCCUGGCUUUCCAUCAAACGUGGCGCUACCCAAAGCAGACAGAAAGCAGGAAUCACCAGUGGACACGCUCAGGGAGUGGGUGGACGGAGUUUUCCAUGGCACGCCAUUCCAACAGUCAAAAGCUUCUGCGGCAUGGAAAGGGUUGAAUGAGGAGGCUGUAAGCAGCAGAACACGAGGACAACCUUUUGAACUUGUAAGAUUGUAGUAGGCCACCCCUCGCUGACAUUUUCAAAGGCUGCUGGACUUGCGAUGUCAAGUUUAUAUUUUGGUGUUGUGACCAAUUGCGUCUUCACAAAAGCCACAUUGUUGUGUAUCACCGCUAACGUGCACACAGAUUUUGGAGGCAGAUGUCUCACCUCAAUGUCCCAAAGGAUCCUUGGCCAUAUGACAGUAAUAGGAG